AACAAGAGAAGAAGAACUGAGGCUUAGCUAGCUUACAGUGAAGAAGAAGAAGAAGAAUGAAUGGUGAAUUGGAGUUACCGCCUGGGUUCAGAUUCCACCCAACGGACGAGGAGCUGGUGAAUCACUAUCUCUGUAGGAAAUGUGCCGCUCAGUCCAUUGCUGUUCCCAUUAUCAAAGAGAUCGAUCUCUACAAGUUUGAUCCAUGGCAACUUCCUGAAAUGGCACUUUACGGCGAGAAGGAAUGGUACUUCUUUUCACCGAGGGACCGAAAAUACCCGAACGGUUCGAGGCCGAACCGGGCGGCUGGGAGUGGGUAUUGGAAAGCAACUGGAGCCGACAAGCCGAUUGGUAAGCCGAAGCCACUGGGAAUUAAAAAGGCACUCGUAUUCUACGCGGGUAAGGCCCCCAGUGGCAUCAAAACGAAUUGGAUCAUGCAUGAAUAUCGCCUCGCUAACGUCGACAGAUCCGCCGGCAAGAAAAAGAACCUAAGGCUUGAUGAUUGGGUGUUAUGCCGAAUUUACAACAAGAAAGGCACGAUUGAGAAAUACAAUGUGAUGGAUCAGAAAGCGGGCAAUUUAUCGGAAUUCCAUGACCAUGAGACCAAACCGGAAAUCAAACCGUACGACCACAGUAAGGUGCAGGCACCGGCGGCAACAACGGCGUUCAUAGGUGACCAAUUCUAUAUGGACACGUCAGACUCGGUGCCGAGGCUGCACACGGACUCGAGCUGCUCGGAGCACGUGGUUUCGCCGGACGUCACGUGCGAGAAGGAGGUACAGAGCGAGGCCAAGUGGAACGAGCUAGGGCUCGGAGAAGAUGAUGGGAUUGAUUUUGAAUUGAAUUACGUGAUUAAUAAUAUGAAUAACCUCUCGGGAGAAGAUCCCUUCGCCUCUUCCGUACAGUACCAAUUGAACCAGCUCUCGCCAUUGCAGGACAUGUUCAUGUUUCUGCAGAAGCCAUUCUGAGCAGCACGAGAAGGAUGGGUCCCACUUGAUUCAAUUCAUUCGAGGAAAGAGAAUUAGAUUCGAACGAUAGAAAUAUGCUGAUUGUGUAAAUAUUAUGUAAAAGCUCAUCAGAA